AUGUUAAAACUAUCGGCAAAUGUUAAACACAGUUUACACUGUAUUUUAUUGUUGUCGACAAUCAUUGGCUAUGAAUUACUGUCGUAUUAUUCAAAUCCCAAUACUGACCAAUCGGUUAGCGAUUUGUUUAGCGAUUACAGUCUGUGGACAGCAUUGGCUAUAUUACUGUAUAAUCUAUUAAACUUGUUGUCACUGCCUAUGAAUUUAUUUAGUAUUAUUGGACUACUUUUGUACAAUGCUUUCAAAGAUGAUAUUAAGAUUAAAAAAUUGAAAUCAAUUGAGAAAAAGAUACCAUUUCUAUGCAUACGUGUUGUCACGCGUGGAGAUUAUCCACAAUUGGUCCGCAAGAAUGUCGAUCGCAAUAUGAAAACAUGUUUAUCGGCAGGUCUUAGAGAUUUUAUUAUCGAAGUGGUCACCGAUCGGGCCAUUGGUCUCAAAACAAGUACAAAAAUACGCGAAUUGGUUGUACCCGACGGCUACCGAACAAAAAGCGGCGCUCUUUUUAAGGCCAGAGCUUUGCAAUACUGUUUAGACGACGGGAUCAAUACAUUGAAGGACAACGACUGGAUCGUACACUUGGAUGAGGAAACAGUUAUCACAAAAAACUCGGUUAACGGUAUUAUAAACUUUGUCAGAGAAAGUAGACAUCAGUUUGGUCAGGGAGUGAUCACUUACGGCAAAGACGGUAUAGUCAACUGGUGGACAACAUUAGCCGAAUCGUAUCGUGUGGCCGAAGAUCUAAGUGUUUAUCGUUUACAGUUUUCAAUGUUUCACAAACCGUUGUUUGCUAUAAAAGGUUCAUAUAUUGUGGCCAAUUCAGGUGCCGAACGGUCGGUAACAUUUGACAACAACGGUCCCAAUGGUUCCGUUUGUGAAGAUAUUUUUAUGGCAUUCAAUGCCUAUCGCCGGGGCUAUACGUUUGACUUCAUUGAAGGGGAAAUGUAUGAAAAAAGUACGUUCACUGUCUGGGAUUUUAUUAGGCAACGAAAACGUUGGAUUCAAGGUCUACUAUUGCUUAUCUAUACGUCCAACAUUGAGCACCGGUAUCUAAUAUUGCUCGAGAUUGUACACCUGAGCAUGUUUGCCAUGUAUAUACAGCUUAUUGAUCUAAUCUAUCCAGUACCAACUGUCUACUGGUGUCAACUAAUCAAUCGAUUGACAGUAUCGGUAGUAGUUUAUCAACAAUUGUUUGGUACAGUCAUACAGUUUGAUUGGCGUCAGAUUGGUAUCAAAAAAUUCAUACUAUGUCUGGUCGGGUCAGUACUGGUCAUACCAUUCAAUUAUGUUUGCUUUUUGAUUGUCAUUUUGUAUGCAUUGUUAACAAAGAAACAUGAAUUUUUUGUUGUACAAAAAUAA